UUAAGACCAAAAAGCUUAUCUUUGUUUUUAUAAAUGUUUACCAUAGCCAAUUUUGACUUUGUGGCUGUGGUAACCGUGGUGUCCUCAUGCUAGCGACUGUUUUGAACUCGAAUACCAGAAAUCGGAGUUGCAUAGCUAACUUGGUGGCACCACUUGGGUUCCCAGUUGUUUUGAAUGUGGGGAGGAAGUGUUGUUCGUCAACUGGAGGCACAUACAGUGUAUGGAUCUGUGCAAAACUGCUACACUGUGUCACAGAGACCACCAGUUCUACAGGCAUGCUGAACACGCCAUUGGACCGACACACAGACUGACAAUGGACUGACUGGCCCUCUCCACCAGUCCCCUCCCCCUACUGUCUGUGUUUGUGCCUGCUGGAUCCCGGUCGGUAGAUCCUCGGUUACCGUGUGUCAUGGCGUCCAACGGUCGGGCUGGAAGACAUUCCCUGUGGCGGUUCCUCUCGCCGUUCCGGAGCAGGCAGGAGCGUGUGGUGCUGGCGCGAAGCGAAAGCAUGCCGGGGGAACACGUGCUGAAGAUCACCAUCACAGAGACCACGGUGAUCGAGGCAGACUCGGGGGUGUGGAACUCCAAGUCGCUGGUCUACCUGGGCCUGUGGUGCUUCUUCAGCUUCUGCACACUGUUCCUCAACAAGUACAUCCUGUCUCUGCUGGAGGGGGAGCCCAGCAUGCUGGGUGCUGUUCAAAUGGUCUCCACCACCAUCAUAGGCUUUCUGAAGAUGUAUGUGCCUUGCUGCCUAUACCAGCACAAGUCCAGGACUGAGUACCCUCCCAACUUCCUCAUGAUCAUGCUGUUUGUGGGGCUCAUGAGGUUUACUAGUGUGGUGCUGGGACUGGUGAGCCUGAAGAAUGUGGCCGUUUCCUUUGCCGAGACAGUGAAGAGCUCAGCGCCUAUCUUCACUGUCAUCAUGUCUAGGCUGAUCCUAGGGGAAUACACAGGGAUGUGGGUGAACCUGUCCCUAUUUCCUGUCAUGGCUGGCCUGGCCCUCUGCACUGCAACAGAGAUCAGUUUUAACAUGCUGGGCUUCUCCGCAGCCCUCUCCACCAACAUCAUGGACUGUUUACAGAAUGUUUUUUCAAAGAAGCUACUAAGUGGAGACACCUACAAAUUCAGCCCUCCAGAACUGCAGUUCUACACCAGUGCAGCUGCAGUCAUUAUGCUUAUACCUGCCUGGGUCUUCCUAAUGGACCUUCCAGUGAUUGGGAAGAGUGGGCGUUCGUUCAGCUGGAGUCAAGACAUUGUUCUGCUGCUGCUGUUUGAUGGGGUCCUGUUCCACCUGCAGAGUGUCACCGCCUACGCCCUCAUGGGGCGCAUUUCUCCCGUCACCUUCAGUGUUGCCAGCACAGUGAAGCACGCCCUGUCUAUCUGGCUGAGCAUCAUUGUGUUCAGUAACCACAUCACAGUGCUCAGCGCUGCCGGCACGGCCCUGGUAUUUGUAGGCGUGCUGCUGUACAACAAGGCCAAGCAGUUUCAGAGAGACGCCUUACAGGCCAUGGCCCACGCCCAGGCUCAGGACCAACACAACAAACCACUACUGCAGGACCACGAGCUCAAAGCAUCGGACCGAUAGACUCCCCAGAAGACCAAGGAGGGAGAGACCAAGGAGGUCUGUUCUUCUUAACUUUGAUCAUGUAGAACCUGAUAUGCAGACUAUUUGACUAGACCAUGUUUUUACUCGCACCAGCAUUAUGACAAAUCGGGAAGUCAACGGUCAUCAUAGCACAGUGGAAGGAUCUGUCACUCAAGUGGGGUUUCUCUCAGUGGGAAUUGUCCAUUUGAGAGGCUGGUUUCAUUCAGCCUCACCUUGAUUCACUCUCUGAUGAUACCUUUGUGAACUUGCGGUCUGAACGCGGACCAGUGUUUGACUCUGGUCUGGUGUGUUUAAACGUCACUUCACCGUUCACUUUUACACUGUCAAUUCCUUUUGUUGUUCCAUUCCCUCGCCUGAAAUAUUUAAUAUGGUUUCGAAACACGAGCAAACUCAGGAUUUCUCUCAAUGUUCAUUGGUGGAAGUGGUUCAAUGCAAGUAAAAAAAAAUCUGCAUACUUGCCUUUUAUGAUUAUUAUAAUUUUUUAAAUGUUUUAUUGAGUCUUAAAUUUUUCGGUUAUGGGCACACAUUCUCGUUGACAAAACAGCUUUAUUCUCCUGAUCAUUGGCGAAGGUCCAUGAACAUGUAGAACAGUCAAGGCAUUCAUUCAUUCCAAUAGGGCAUUAGCUCAGCUGUAUACCAAUUGAUCACAAGUGUAAAGCAAAUAUUUGAGGCAUUAGCCUGACCACAAAGGUGUGUCUUACCCUCGGGGGAGAUGAGGUAGAGAGGGUAACGCUUAUUUGUUUUCCCAAAGCUCACCUUUGACACUGAACUUCUCACAGCAAUGUGAAAUAUUUGAAAACCUUGAGUGCAGUCUGCAGAGGUCGUAUCAUCAUCUGCAGGUCUUAGAAAUUCACCUAACAACCAUUUUUUAUUUUUGCAAAGCUUUCUUUAGGUUACUAUUGUGUUGGUUCUUCAUUUUCUUGUUGUUCUUGAACAGAACCUGAAAGGUUCUUUCAGUUUCAUCAUAGCUAGGUGUUGAGAGAUUGAUUUGGGCUUAUGUGGCAUUGUGUAGCUUUCUGCAUCCGUCUUACUUUCUGUGCCACAUUUAACCUUAUUUGCUAAGAGUCAGUUGAAUAAGGGAGACUUGAUGUACUUUAUUUCAAGUGCUUAGCAUAUUGUUAAUGAAACUGUUAUGUCUUGAAUACAUUCCUUUGUUGUCUUUGCAUUCUUGUUCAACAAUGAAUGUAUUUUUAGUAAUUCUGGUUGUGAAACGCCCCAAGGUAUCUCAACCAUUUUAACCAUAUCCUCUCAGCCAUUUCUGUAUAUUACCAUUUUGGUGAUGUAAUCUAAUAUUUGCAUUAAACAAGCUAAGUUAAAUAGA